CAUUGUGUGUUUAAAGAAUUACAUAAUUUUGUUAUGUAACGUAAUAUUACGUAGAUGUUUGGAAAAUACACCUUAUCUCAAUAUAUUUUUAGACGGCCGUUAUUAUAUAUAUAGACACCGGUUUGUUAUUGUUAUCCGGCCAUUUUAUACCACGAAAAUUCACGCACAACCGCGGCGGCGCGGCCAGUAAUCGUUAAACGGUAUUGUCAUUUGCCAGUUAUCGUUAUGACUUGUGAGGUUAUAAAAUUAUUAAAAUUCAGUUAUUAUUUUCAUGUCAUGUCAAUGUGACUAUUGCGACUGUUGUCUACUUUCCGCGUGUUUAAUACGAUUUACGUUUGCGGAUUACGGUUUAACCUUUUGUACCUUCUUAUUGUGUUUGUUUGGUAGUAAUUGUGAUUUACGCCCACCUCAUAUAUAGCCUAGGUAUAUCGCAUCAUGGCAAACUUCAUUAAAAAGGGUCGUAAUAGUAUGAAAUGGGUCGUUGUAAAGUUUAUUGACGGUAAAGACUUUAGUGUGAUCCCAACAAAUUGGUUGGUCGAAACAGAUUUAGAGAAUUUGUCCAAGUGUUCUGUUAAAUAUUGUAAAUGGCCACCAAUAAGAGUGACUAGUGAUGAUUUAAAGUUUGCUGAAGACCCAGAUGAUUCAUGGAAACUGUACAAAAUUAAAGUGCUUGAUGGUAAUAAAACUUAUGGAAAUUUUGCUAAGGCUUGGCACAAGCAUGUACUAGAAUCAACAGAUGAUGAGGAAAUUUCUAAUAAAAAACGAAAACGUCGUAGUUCUUCAAGUAGUGAUGAUUCAUGCAUUGGAGAUAAUGGUUAUAAUAUUGCGCCUGCUGUAGCUAGUAGUAUGAUAAGUUCUGAACCAAUUAGAGAAUUACAAGAAAUGUCGUACAUAAAUCUGCAACCGCCUAAUGCUCUAACAUCUACAAAAUAUGCUAACAAAAAUUUAAAUAUUGACACAGUGAAAGAUACUUUAAUUCAAACAUCAAAAAUUCUAACUUCGUCUAUUUCAGACUUACAAGUGCCUUUCAUUGAAGAUCAUAAUCAAUGUUUCUCUAAUUCACCGAUGUUAAUUUCUGCUAAUGAUAACGAUUAUUCACCGUUGCAAAAUUUAAAUUUGGAACAAAAUGAAAGUUUAUUGAGUUCAAAAACCGAUGGUUAUUUAAGCCAUUUAUCUUUGCCAAAUACAUUUGAUGAAGAUUCAUCAAUAUCUUGUAGGAGAGUCAAACAUAUUGGAAGCAUUUCUAACCGCCAGUUUCAGAGGAGAAUCAAAACUCAAAUAGCACUGUCAUUAGUGAAUACAAUAUCGGUUAAAAAGCCUUUUAAUGAGCAAAAUAAUAAGCAACAAUUCAAUGAACAAAUUAAUUUAGAAUCAGUAAACAAUGAACUAGAAGAGCCAGUGUUUCCUAUAAUAGCACAUCAAAUUUCAAACCAUAUAAAUAUUAAUGAUGCUUCAAACAAUGUUCAAUCCAUUUUAAAUGAAGAAUCAUUAGUAGUUGCUAAAAAUUUUGAAGUCUCAAAUCAAGAUAUAGUAAAACGUUUUCGUAAGUGGAUUGUAGACUUCAAUGUAUCACAUAGAUGUGCUAAUGAAAUGUUAUCCAUUUUAUGUAGUACGGGUUUAAAACUUCCAAAAGAUGUUAGAACUAUUCUAGGCCAACAUAAAACUAAUCAUUUGAUUGUUGAAAUUGAAAAUGGGUCAUAUCUAGAUUUAGGUAUCGUAAACAUGAUUAAACCACAUUUAAUUAAACAAAUAAAAUGUAUUCCUGAUAAUAUAACAAUUAAGUUGAGCUUCAAUAUUGACGGUUUACCACUUGCAAAAAGUUCAAAAACUCAAUUUUGGCCAAUUCUAUUGUCAUUUGUAAAUUUACCUCAUUUUGUAAAUAAAAUUUUUCCAGUAGGUAUUUACCAUAGUUUUAAAAGCAAACCUGGUAAUGUUAAUGAAUUUUUUAGACCAUUUUUAAACGAGAUUCAAAAUCUUAUAACUCAUGGAAUUAAAAUUGAAAAUAAAAUAAUACGUUUUGAAAUUUUUCACAUUGUAGCAGACGCCCCAGCAAAAGCAUUUUUAUUAAAAGUUAAAAAUCAUAAUGGGUAUUUUGGUUGUAACUCCUGCGAAGUAGAAGGUGAUUUUAUUGAUAAUAAAGUUUGUUUUUUAAAUUUGUGUGCACCAUUACGUACUAAUGAUUCAUUUCGAUCAAAGUCCAAUAUAGAAUACCAUAAGGAGGGAUUAAGUCCUCUGAUAGAACUACCUUUAGACAUAACAACCACUGUAGUUCUUGAUUAUAUGCAUUGUGUGUGCCAAGGAGUCAUGAAACGGCUUCUAGAGUUUUGGGUAAGAGGUAAAAAACCAAUUAGAAUUUUAGAAGAGAAAAAAGAUAUAAUUUCUCUAUCUCUUUUAAAUAUAAGAAAAUUUGUACCAUCUGAGUUUGCACGUCUACCAAGAUCAUUAGAUGAUCUUGAGUAUUGGAAAGCAACCGAAUUUCGUGAAUUUCUUUUAUACACUGGAGUAAUUGUAUUAAAAUCAAAUUUAAAAAAAGAUAUGUAUAAACAUUUUUUACUUUUAUUAGUGUCCAUUCGAAUACUAUGUUCAAAUGACUUUUGUCAAAAAUAUAAUGAUUUAGCUUUAAAACUUUUAAAAAUAUUUGUUCAAAACUAUUCAUCAAUUUACGGCCCACAAUUUAUUAAUUACAACGUCCACAGUUUGAUACACCUACCAUUUUUUGCUAAUUUACAUGGAUCUUUAGAUAAUUUUAGUGCAUUUAAGUAUGAAAAUUACCUCCAAUUUCUGAAAAAAUCUAUGAAAUGUUGUAAAUACCCCCUUUCCGAAAUCAAAAAUAAAAUUAUUGCAUCUGAAAAAGAAGAACUGUUAAAUAUUUCUACUGAUGAUAAUAAUAUAUUAAAGUCAUUUAAAAUUAAUGAAAAAAUUUCAAAUUUUAGUUUUAUUCAUUAUAAUCAAAUAAAUCUCAAAUCUAAUAAUUUUGUUUUGAGCUGUAGCAAUCCCAAAGAUCAAUUCGUUAAAGUACUAACAGUAGAAGAUUUAUUUUCAAAACCAAUACCUAGUAUGAAUAUUGGAAUUUAUUUAGUAAAUAGUAAUAAUAAUGUGUCAAACCCUUAUCAAAUCCUUUUAAGUGAUGUGAAAUUCAAAUGUUUUUUUUCUCAGCUCCUUCAUAACCAAGCUGUUAUUAUUUCAUUAUGUCACAGUGUCUGA